GGGAGACCGGAUAUAGUGAAUGCAGGGUCCGGGGAGAGCGGAUAUAGUGAAUGCAGGGUCCGGGGAGAGCGGAUAUAGUGAAUGCAGGGUCCGGGGAGAGCGGAUAUAGUGAAUGCAGGGGUCUGGGGAGACCAGAUAUAGUGAAUGCAGGGUCCGGGGAGACCAGAUAUAGUGAAUGCAGGGUCCGGGGAGAGCGGAUAUAGUGAAUGCAGGGUCUGGGGAGACCGGAUAUAGUGAAUGCAGGGGUCGGGGAGACCGGAUAUAGUGAAUGCAGGGUCCGG